AUGGGACUCACCUGUUUUAAGUCCUGGAAGUAUGACAGCAGAGGACAGAAGGGGAACAGAGACGUGUUGGCCAGCCCCGGCUCCUACUUCUUCCUGUCCAACAGCUGUGGUCAGGGGGACGAGUGGCUGCAGAGCCUCAACAAGAGAGCCUGGAUCCCCUUCACAGGGGUGUUCGGCCAGCGGCUGGAGGAGACGGUGUUGUACGAGCGGCGCUACGGGGCCCGCUCCGUCCCCCUGGUGGUGGAGCAGUGUGUGCACUUCAUCCGGGAGCGGGGGCUUCACGAGGUGGGCCUGUUCCGCUGCCCGGGGCAGUCCACGCUGGUGAAGGACCUCCAGGAGGCCUUCGACGCCGGGGAGAGGCCGUCCUUCGACAGUGGAACAGACGUGCACACGGUGGCCUCCCUGCUGAAGCUCUACCUCAGACUGCUCCCCGAGCCCUUGGUCCCGUACAGCCAGUACCAAGACUUCCUGCUCUGUGGAGAACAGCUGGCCUCUGGCAGAACCAAGGGUCUGCUAGAGUUGAGGGGUCUCCUUCAUGACCUACCAGUCGCCAACUUUAACCUGCUCAACUACAUCUGCCAGUUCUUGAAUGAGGUCCAAAGCUUCUCCUGCAGCAACAAGAUGAGCUGCCAGAACCUGGCCACCGUGUUCGGGCCAAACAUCCUCAGAGCCAAAGCCGAAGACCCCCAGAGCAUCAUUGGAGGUGCAGCUGUGGUCCAGGUGUUGAUGUUGGAGCUGAUCAGGGAGCACCAGUCCCUCUUCCCAAGAGAUGCUGGCCCCUGUCCAGCCCGGCCCGUAGGAAAGCCCCAGGACCCACCGCUCACAACACCAAGGCCGGCUUGGCUUCCCGUCUCCCCCUGCGCCCGGCAGCUCUCCUUGCCUCUCAUCGCAGAGCGCUGGGGGAGGCCAGGCUCCGUCUCCAGUCUCAGGGACCCCAGGGAACAUCCAAGCCCUCCUACCCACCCUCCCUCCAAAGACUGUGACCAAAGCCAUGCGGCCGACCCACGUCUCCCCCCUGGCCCCAAGAGAGUCCUGGGCCACCGCCACACCUCCUCACACCCGGACAGCUGCCUGUUCCCGCUGCCCUCGACCAGCUUCCCCCUCUCCCCGCUCCACCACCAGCACCGUUACCAUGCAGCCGGACUCAGCACCCCCCUGCCAGACAAACAGUGUCCCAUUGGUGCACCGGCGGACGAAGUACCGGGCCUGGGCUCCAACGAGGGCCCCCCCGGCCUGUUCCCAGCCCCCGCCACUCCGUCGCUGGUCCUUCAAUCGCAUCCCCCAGACAGCCCCGCUCAGUCAGGUGCACUGCCGCCUGGCCACAAGGAAGAAGAGGCUUUCCCCUGGGCUGAUGAAACGGAGGAGGGGAAGGAAGUGGGUGUACUACCUGAGGCGGACAGCGGCGGCAGCAGCGAGUACCAGGAGGACAGCACCGCGUCGGUCUACGACAACUUAAGCAGAGCUUCUCUGCACCCUGGAACGGAGAUGGGCGAUGGUGACCCGUUUGAUGCCGACGUGGCGGCCAUGCACCUGGACUCUUCUUUGAUUGUGAGGGAAGGGGCAGGAGAGGAGGAAGCCCAACACAGUCUGGUGUCCUCUUUCUCCUUCUCCUCCUGUGAGCUGCUCCCAGUGGACGACACGGGGGACUGUGUCGCUGAGUGCGGGUCCAGUCGGUGCCAGUCGCUGAGGUCAUCGCCCAUGUUUCUCUCCCACCAGGGGUCAGAAGAGGAUGACUGUUACGAGGAAGAGGAGGAUAGUGGUGGUGAAGACGGUGAUGUUGAGGAUGCUAUCGAUGAUGAUAACCCCAAUGGGGAUCUUCAGCCCCCUAACUCCCCGGCCUCCUGCUCCGUUCCCAGUGACAUGCUCCUGAGUACGGGCAGCUCCGAGGUGUUCCUCUCCUCUGGGUCUCCGGACGCCCAACCCACCCAGGCUCAGACUGAGGCCCACAAUGUUCGCUCUUACCUGGCUGAGCUAAAGCAACAGAUGACCCGACAGAGGACUGAGUACCAGGCCACCAUAUCCAGGUUGGAGCGUUGCAACGAGGCCCUGGAGGAUCAGAUGGCCGCCCUGUGCUCCCGGCUGGAGCAGCACAAGCGCUGGCACAGCCUGGCCGAGGUGAAGAUACGCAACGUGGAGCGGGCCCGGGUGGACGCGGACCGACGCAACGCCACACUGCAAAGGGAGAUGGAGCACUUCUUCAAGACGUUUGGAGAAGUCAAGGGAGGCAGAGCAGGAAGAAGCGGAGCUCGAAGAGGAAGGGGAGGAAGGGGAGGUGAGAGGACGAGGGAGCGGCGGAACCUACAGAGUUUGUAA